AUGCGUCUCAGCGCUCUGCUCUGAGCGGUGCCAAAGCUCGGAGAUGCUCGUGUGGUGGAGACAGCCAAGAUGCCCGCUGUUUUGACUCUCACACGCUGAUAGCUUUGCCCCUCUGCGCCUGGGAUACUCCGGAAACGACCAUGGGUUAGAGGAAAGAUGGCAAACUUUGCCACACUUUGUCUGUAUCGGGAAAUGUCUGCGCUCCCGCGGAAAGCCGUGCUGCCAAGCGGGUAAACAGAGACUUUAGCGACACCUUUUCUGCUGAUAAAUCCCGGUUUAUGACACGUUGAUCGGACUCUGAAGAGAUGUUCACGGAGCUGGUAUGCACCGCUGUGGCUGUGGGUCUCUACGUAAACACGCUGGAUGCCGAUUUCUGCUACGAUGACAGUCGUGCCAUCAAGACCAACCAGGACCUCCUCUCUGAAACUCCAUGGACAAACAUCCUUUACGAUGACUUCUGGGGCACCCUCCUCACCCACAGCGGCAGUCACAAGUCCUUCCGCCCACUCUGCACCCUCUCAUUCCGCCUUAACCACGUCCUCCACGGCCUUCGUCCAUGGGGCUACCACCUGCUCAAUGUUCUGCUGCACGCCCUGGUCACAGGCCUCUUCACGGUCAUCAGUCGCACCCUUCUUGGUUCCUGGUGUCUUUUGGCUGGGCUCCUGUUCGCCUCUCACCCGAUCCACACUGAAGCUGUAGCAGGUGUGGUGGGGAGGGCGGAUGUGGGUGCUGCCUUGUUUUUCUUGCUCUCUCUCCUUUGUUACAUGAAGCACUGCAGGCUCCGUGAGGGACCACACAGAGGCCAUAGUUGUUGGGGCUGGCUCCUGGGGAGUCUCUGGUGUGCGGCGGGUAGUAUGCUGUGGAAAGAGCAAGGUGUCACGGUGCUGGCUGUGUCCGCCGUCUACGACCUGUUUGUGUUUCAACGGCUGCGCUGUCGACAAAUACUUCAAUACCUGCUAGGAAAGAAAAGAAAUACUGCUGAGUUACUGAGUCUUGGUGCACUGGUGUUGUGGGGAAUACUCUUGCUGUCAGCUCGCCUUUACUGGAUGGGAAACAAACCUCCAAACUUCUCCAACUCUGACAACCCUGCAGCAGACUCACCACACCUCCUCACUCGCACCCUCACCUUCUUCUACCUACCUGCAGCGAAUGCCUGGCUCCUCCUCUGUCCGGACAAGCUCAGUUUUGAUUGGUCGAUGGACGCUGUACCCUUGGUCAAGUCCAUAGCUGACUGGAGGAACCUUCACACUGGUGCAUUCUACAGCGCAUUGUUUGUUCUUGCUUUGUUUGGACUCCAUGGGCCAAAAUACAGCAUUAAGGAAAGCAAUGGAAAAGCACACAUUGCAAAUGGGAAGUCAAAUGGCUAUCAUGCUCCAGACGCAAACCAUAACAAUAACUCAGUAGAGGGGCCUCCAGAUGUAAUCAUGAAUGGGUCAACUGGGCUUCACCAUUGCCCAAGAAGGACAUCUUUGCCCAGCACUGAAAAUAUUGUUGUAUUUUCAAUAGCCAUAAUUUCUUUAUCAUUCCUUCCAGCCACCAACCUCUUCUUCUAUGUGGGAUUUGUCAUAGCAGAGAGGGUACUAUACAUUCCCAGUGUAGGAUUUUGCUUACUCGUUGCAGUAGGAGCAAGAACCUUAUACGUCAAACUGAGGACUAAAGGCAGCAGGGUCUUGAUUAUUUGUCUCUGCUCAACACUGGUGCUACUGAACGGACUGAGAACUGUGCAGAGAAACACAGACUGGAGCAGUGAGGAGAAUCUCUACAGGUCUGGGAUCAGUGUUAAUCCUGCAAAAGCCUGGGGAAACUUGGGAAAUGUACUGAAAAACCAGGGCAAGAUUGUGGAGGCGGAGAGAGCAUACAGAAAUGCUCUACACUACAGAGGCAAUAUGGCGGACAUGCUGUACAAUCUGGGUUUGCUACUGCAGGAAAAUGAGCGUUUCACUGAAGCACUACAUUACUACAAACUGGCCAUAGCAAGUCGGCCUACACUAGCAUCUGCCUACUUGAACACAGGGAUCAUUCUGAUGAACCAGGGAAGCCAGGAGGAAGCCAAACUCACCUUUCUUACUUGUGCUGAAAUCCCUGAUGAAAACUUGAAGGACCCUCAUGCUCACAAGAGCUCUGUCACCAGCUGCCUGUAUAACCUGGGCAAACUGCUGCACGAACAGGGACAGCAAGAGGAGGCUCUCUCUGUUUACAAAGAGGCAGUGCAGAAAAUGCCCAGACAGUUUGCACCACACAGCCUUUUCAAUAUGAUGGGAGAAGCAUAUAUGAGACUGAACAGACUCGAGGAAGCAGGUCACUGGUACAGAGAGUCCCUUCGAGCUAAACCAGACCAUAUCCCAGCCCACCUCACUUAUGGAAAACUCCUAUCCAUCACAGGACAGAAGGCAGAAGCAGAGAAGUACUACCUGAGAGCUAUUCAACUUGAUCCAACUAAAGGAAACUGCUAUAUGCACUACGGUCAGUUCUUGUUGGAGCAGUCUCGUUUCACUGAAGCAGCAGAGAUGGCAGAAAGAGCUGCACAACUGGACAACUCUGAGUUUGAUGUGGUCUUCAGCGCUGCCCACAUGCUCAGACAGGCCAACCUGAACGAAGCAGCAGAGCGACAGUAUGAGCAUGCCGCCGGCCUCAGACCAGAUUAUCCAGCAGCUCUGAUGAACCUUGGUGCCAUGCUUCACCUGAACGGAAAGCUUGUAGAAGCUGAGACAAACUACCUGCGCGCCCUCCACCUCAAACCAGACGAUGUAAUCACUCAAUCCAACCUGCGCAAGCUCUGGAACAUCAUGGACAAACAGGGACUGAGGACCAGGCAGACUAAUGGCAUUUAAGGGGAUCAAUGUCUGGCUAUGUAGAAACAGCCUCACCCUUACAAAAUAAGCUGAGGCCAGUGAAGCCGAACGAAUGACACACUAUCACAGGUCAUGCGCAUUUGCAUUAAGUUGUUUUGGUUAGAGAUUUCAUGAACACAGUAAAAAGGUUGCCAAUAAGCUUCACCAUUCUCAUCUCACCAACACUGUACAAGGCAUUGUAAAGUUAGAAAUGAAUGUAGUUGUAUGUUGAACCUGGUUGUAUACCAAUGUCCUUGGCUUUCUCAACUGUGCCAAAACUUGUGAAGAGUCUCCAUGCCUCUGAUGUCAAGCAAGAAAUGUUUUUCACCUAUGUGUCAAAGAUGUUCAGUUUUAUGUGAUAAAUUAAUUUAUUUUGUUGAUAUCUAUUGUUUUAUGUAACAUACCAACAUUGCGUUUUGUCUGACCAGUCUUGAGAGAAUUAAUUUCUCUCCACAUUGUGACCAUUGUCAUCUUUUAAGUUAUAGAUAAUUGUAGCCUGGACAUGUGUUGGUUUUUGUACAGGAAACUGGACCUUUUUAAAUAAAUCUCAGAUUUUCCUAAUUUCCCUCAAAA